UCUCACGACAAAACAACAACGUUAACAUUUCUCUUCUUCUUCUGCAAUUUCAUCAAUAACAUCAAAUUCUCGUUCUCUUCACUUCAUUUUUUGUCUCUGUUAUUUUUCUUUAGUUUCAUUUCGUUUUUUCUGAUAUUACAAUGGCUGAAACAAAAAACACUCAUUGCAUUGUUGAAAUCCCAGUAGACCAAGAACAUUCAGAGACCAACAACAAGGCUUUGUUGUGUUCCAACAUGUUCGAGGCGAUUGAUGAUCAUCCAUUAACCGAAAUCUCUGAAUCUCCCGGUCACCUCUUACUCUUAAAGCUAUGGCAAAGAGAAGAAAAUCUCUUCGCCAAACGUAUUUCAAGAAAAGAAACCAGAAUGGAUUCAAUAAAAUCGGAGCUUUUUCAACUCUCUUCGUUUUUCUUCAUCUUUCAUGGCUUUUUCUUAACACUGUUGUUUACUUCAUGGGCUAAAGCCGAACAGGUUCAAAAGGGUGGUGGUAGUUGUAAGAUUUGGUGGAUACCUUCGAUGAUUUCUCUUUGCACUUCGCUUGUGUUUGUGUUUUUGGUUCAAGUGAAGUUGUAUAGGUAUUGGAAAGUGUGGGAACAGUUACAGAGGGAGAGGAAUGAUAGUAGAGGUGUUGGGAGGUGUAUUCAGGAGUUGAGGAUGAAAGGUGCUAGCUUUGAUUUGUCGAAGGAGUUGGGUUUGAAUGGGAAGAGGAUGAAGAGUUCGAGUGUUGAGAUUAAAUGGAAGGUGGUUACUUGGUUUUCUCGGUAUUUGAUUACUGUUUGUCUUGUUUGUUUUACAGGUUUGGUUUUUCCUGCUUCCAAGUUUGUUCUAUGUGGCUUGUGAGGAUGAUGAGGAUGAUGUUGAUGAUAAUGAUGGAGAGCUUGGAUUUGUUCAUUGUUAAUGAUUAUGCCUCUGCUAAAGGAAUGAAGCAUUGUUGGUCCGAUUUUAGAAAGCCCUUUUGAAGCACAAAAAAUGGCCUCAAGAGGUUUCAAUGUAAACUACAAAUUUAGCAAGGAUGGGAGUGAAGCAUUAUCUAUGGAGACAGGGAUUCUGCAAGAGCAUUGAUGAAUAUGUGUCAUUGUGAAUACUGACUAGAGAUUCUGCAAGAGCGUGAUUCUGUUAUGAUGCAACACCUCUUGUGUGCAUUGGCAUCUACAAUUUUGUAAGCACUGUAAUGCAGCUAUGAUACUGCGAGCUGCUUCAAUUUUGAUUCAUUUUUUGAACAUUACAAGUUCUCUGAACUACUAAUGCUGUUGUUGUUAUACUCAGCUGCUUCAAUUUUGAUACAAUCUUGUGAACACUAAUGCAGCUGUUUGUACGUACUGCCAGCUGCUUCAAUUUUGUGAAUACUGCAGCUGUAUUUAUGCUGCGAGCGGCUUCAAUUUUGAUUCAUUUUGUAAUGCUAUAACUGUAAUAUCUAAUCUUAGGAAAUAAAGGCUAUUCAUUCUUUAA